CGACUUUCGCUCCCACUCCCACACCUCCAAUCAUGUAGCCAUGGCUGCCCACUCGGCCGCAAAGGCCAUAAAUACCCAAGAAAUCACCGACAAAGCUCGAAGGGAGCUCUUGUUGCUACUCGAGAGCGUUCGAGGGAAGAAGAACCUGGUGAUAGAGAAGUCGCUGGCCGGCACUAUCGGACUGAUUGUCAAGUUCAGUACCCUUCAAGAAUAUGGCGUGGACAAGCCCUUCUUCCUGGAGAACCACAAUGUCGAUUCCAGCCAAAGAAAUAUCGUCUUCAUGGUGCGAGGGGAGAAUGCGAAAAAGAUCCGCAUGGUAGCCGAGCAGAUCAAGUUGAUCAGGACUGAGAGCAAGAUCGAGCAUGAUUUCACAAUCAUAUGGGUGCCACGCAGGACCUUGGUCAGUAAUAUGAUCCUCGAGGAGCAUGGCGUGCUAGGAGAGGCCACCAUCACAGAGCUGCAUCUGAACUUUGUUGCCCUCGAGCCAGACGUCCUAUCUUUGGAGCUUGACGAUGCAUUCAGCAGUCUCACCCUGAGAAAGGAUCUGACCAGCAUAUUUGCAUCCGCAAAGGCGUUGAUGCUGCUGCAGAAGCAGUAUGGUCUGAUACCGCGCAUCUUAGGCAAAGGUGACAACGCCAAACAACUUGCAGACCUGCUCUUGAGGAUGCGGCAGGAGGACGAUGUGAAUGCUUCAGCAGAUCCAACUAAUACUUAUUUGACUUCCUUUGGCCUCACACCGAGUUCGUUGAUCGAGAAUCUGAUCAUAAUUGAUCGCGAAAUCGACCUUCUGACAGUCUUGUCAACGCAACUCACAUACGAGGGUCUGCUUGAUGAGGUUUUUGGAAUUGCCAACAACACUACGGAAGUGGACUCCUCCAUUUUGGGUGGCGCACCUCCUGCCGCAUCGCAGCAGCAAAACGGGUCUACACCAGCUCCGACUGCUGCGACAAAGCGCAAAGUUGUGCUAGACUCCAACGACAAACUAUAUCCUGACCUUCGAGAUGCCAAUUUCGCGACAGUGGGCCCGGCACUGAACCGCAUUGCACGUCGAUUGGCCUCGGAUAGCGAAUCCAUGCACAAUAAAGAUCAAACAGUGGCCGAUCUCAAGAAUGUAGUAGCGAAACUACCUUCGUAUCAAGCUGAAUCAACGAGCUUGAAGAUGCAUACAAGCCUCGCGGAAGAGAUUAUGAAGAUCACACGUAGCGAAUCCUUUGGCCGUAUGCUCGAAGUGCAACAGAAUUUCCUUGCCGGGACCGAUGCAACAACCUUGCACGAGAAUAUCGAGGAAUUGAUCGCGCGAGAUGCGCCUCUCAGUACAGUCUUGCGCCUACUGUGCCUCGAAAGCUGUGUGAUGAAUGGACUACGCCAGCGAGAUCUGGACCAUUUCAAGCGACAGAUAUUGCAAGCGUAUGGUUACCAACAUCUGCUCACACUCGCAGAUCUGGAGAAGAUGGGCCUCUUCGUGCCACGGGAAAGUCAUCGAGGCUAUCUGAACCCCAUAGCCGGCUCGGCCGGUCAGACCGCGACUGAUUGGAAUGCGGUGCGGAAGUCGCUGCAAUUGUGGACUGACGAUGUGAAGGAAGCUGAUCCCGAAGACAUUGCCUACGUGUUCUCCGGUUACGCUCCCCUCAGCGUGCGACUAGUCCAAUGCAUCCUGCAGAAGUCAUAUCUUCACCAGCUCCUCACCAAUUCGUCCAAGACUGGCACGGCAGCUCCUGCUGGGAGCGGAUUCAAAGGCUUCGAGGACGUGAUCUCGCGUAUUAGAGGCGCAACAGUGGACGUAACGCAAAAGGGAGGUGAUGCAGAUGCUUCUCAUGCAAGGAAGACCCUUCGAGGCAGUAAAGAAGGACCCAAAGUUACUGUCGUCUUCUUCCUCGGCGGUGUAACAUAUGCCGAAAUCGCUGCUCUCCGGUAUAUAAAUGAGCAACUCGAGAAAAGCAGCGGCAGGAAGAUUGUUAUUGCAACGACGAAUGUUCUCAACGGCAAAAGAGCGGUGGACGUGGCGGUAGAGAACAGGACAUUCGCAUCAUAAAAGGACGAAUAGCAUCUCGAUUUCCGAAAUCAUACCAUAGAUUCCGACCCUGUCCCUGAAGAAAGCCGUCCCACUGGAGUUGUAGUUUGGUACCGAUAUGCACGUGCGUCGCAGUCUGGCAACCUUAGUCCGGAAGGCCGUUGAGCAAAGCCGGAUCAACAAGACUGCCACGACAACGGUCGCGAUCAGGGGCGCAACAGACGACGACGAUCAUAACACACAUCACAGCACGUAGAACAAUAGCAGCAUCAUGCAGGUAGAUAGAGAUGGACAGGUCAAGAUCGCAC